GAAUAGAUGAACCCCCCAAACAAGAAUUAGGAGUAUAUAAGAAGAACACCAUUGUUUCUUUCUCUCUGCAUGUUGUUGAGCUCUGAACAUACAUACAUACAUACAAAUUAGUAUUACAAAAAAUUACAGCUAAGUUUUUAUCUGAUAUGGCUCCUCCAAGUUUACUUGAAACAGCGACAGUUGUAGAGAAAAUGGUAACUAGAAAUGUGGAUCUUCGGUCAGACACGGUGACAAAGCCAACUGAGGCAAUGAGGGCUGCUAUGGCAAGUGCUGAAGUUGACGAUGAUGUUCUUGGCUAUGAUCCAACAGCUUUACUCUUGGAGACAGAGAUGGCAAAGAUGAUGGGAAAGGAAGCAGCUCUUUUUGUUCCAUCAGGGACUAUGGGGAACCUUAUUUGUGUUCUUGUUCAUUGUGAUAUUAGGGGGAGUGAAGUUAUUCUUGGAGACAAUUGCCAUAUCAAUAUUUAUGAGAAUGGUGGUAUUUCAACUAUCGGCGGUGUACAUCCGAGACAGGUCAAAAAUAACGAUGAUGGAACUAUAGACAUUGAUUUGAUUGAGGCUGCCAUUAGAGAUCCUAGGGGGGAGCUAAUGUUUCCAUCAACGAGGCUUAUUUGCUUGGAAAACAGUCAUGCAAACUCGGGUGGAAGAUGUCUCUCAGUUGAAUACACAGAUAGAGUUGGAGAGGUUGCUAAGAAGCACGGAUUGAAGCUUCACAUUGAUGGAGCCCGUAUUUUUAAUGCAUCAGCUGCACUCGGUGUUCCUGUGGAUAGGCUUGUCGAAGCCGCUGAUUCAGUUUCAGUUUGCCUAUCUAAAGGUAUAGGUGCUCCAGUUGGAUCUGUUAUUGUUGGUUCCAAGAACUUCAUCACCAAGGCUAAGCGACUCCGGAAAACCUUGGGUGGUGGAAUGAGACAGAUUGGCAUCCUUUGUGCUGCUGCACUUGUUGCCUUAAAGGAAAAUGUUGGAAAGCUGGAAAGUGAUCACAAGAAAACUAGACUUUUGGCUGAUGGAUUGAAUGAAAUUAAAGGACUCAGAGUUAAUCCCUGCUCUAUUGAGACCAAUAUAAUAUUUAUUGACAUUGUGGACGGCUCACGGACUACAACAGAAAAGAUAUUCAAGUACUUGGAAGAACGUGGCAUCCUUCUGAUGCAAGAAAAGGCAUCAAGAUUGAGAGUUGUCCUCCACCACCAAAUUUCAGCAAGUGAUGUGCAAUACACUUUGUCAUGCUUUCAGCAAGCUGUACAAAUUGAAAAUGGCAACUAGUGGAAAAAUAGCACUUUGCUGGCGAAUUAUUGGUUCAUCACAGGGGAAAUCCGAAUUCCAUUUGUCUUUGUUUAUUUUGUUUUAUUUUAUAUGUAUUGUGAUGAACGAACAAGGAUUUACAUGUUCUAUGAUAUGUCCCUAUUAUGAAUUGUUUUGACUUCAACCUUGUGGGUCAUUGAUAAUGUACAAUUAUUAAGAUGUUCAUAAUAGCUUCCUAUCCUACCUAAGGAACUCUGACAUCA